GUGUUACAGGACUCACUGUGGCCACAACCUUCGGUCGCCACCACCAUCGCUGCACCUCCCUUGAAGCCUCUAACCGAUUCUCUCUGUUUCAGGAGGCGCGCGAAACCAGCGAGGGCGUGGUGGUCACCUUUGUGGGCGUGAAUAAAGUUUGCAGGAGACUGUUGGAAAGAGCCGGCAGCCGGUCUGGGCAACAUGACCCGCGUCUGGGAAGGGGUCUCGCCGUCUCCACGAGAGCGCAUUACAGAUGCGACCCCGGGUUCUACGUGGUCGGAGCCACCGACUAGACCGAGCAGUCCCUGGUCUGCAGGGUACAAGCUGGGGGGCUGGAUGAGCCGGGUGCACCCGUGCGUUCCUGCGGGGUGUCUAGAACCCGUGUCAGUUGCACCAUCCCCAUACAUCGCCAUACCGUACAUUGCCGACUAUCGAAACGAGAGUGGCACGGUGAUCUACUCGUGUCCUGCUAUCACGGGCAUAAUGGCCAGCGUUACAGAACAGAUCGUCACUUGUACCAGAAGGCCCACUCACUAUGAAUUCCUGCCAAUAACUCUUCAUGACUGCGUUGGCUGCACCGGCGACGACUCCUCUGCCCUCGUCACCCGCACCGUGAGCGAGGACUUCCGGAACGCCAGCGGGAGCGUUAUCUUCACCUGGCCGUACCUGAUGGCUACGACUGAUGGCAAGACACACCAGGUGAUCACGUGCUCCGAGAAGCCCUCCAG